AUGGCGACUUCAUCGAAACGAGCUGCUGCUCAGCAAGAGCAACAAUCAGCACCAGAAAACGAUGAAUAUGAUGAAUAUGUUUAUUAUCCAUAUUAUCCAAAAUCACUACCGAAUGGUGGUUAUGAAUAUGUACAAGAUCCACAGAAACCUGAAGAAUAUGAACAGUCAUCGACACAGUACUAUGAUGAACAUGAACCGAAUAAUUCUGCUCCAGUACAGAGAACGUGA